AUGACGUGGUUACGUCAACAUCCUAAAGUAUUAGAAUUACCAUGGAAAGCUAAUUUAAAACGUUCUGAAAAAUCGAAUAUAAUUGAUAUAUUGGUGUCAGGUGUUCUUGGAAAAGAAAUAACAAAUUUACAAUGGCAAAAUUAUUUUACAGAAACAGUCGAACCUUUUACAUCAGAAGAACGUAAAGAAUGGAUAAAUAAAUUAAAAAAUGUUGUCAUAAGUUCAGAUGCAUUUUUUCCUUUUCGUGAUAAUAUUGACUGCGCAAAACAAUAUGGAGUCAAGUAUGUUGCUUCACCUGGUGGAUCUUCUAGUGACGAUGAAAUUAUUCAAGCAUGUAAUGAACAUGAUAUGGUUUUGAUACAUACAGGAUUACGACUUUUUCAUCAUUAA